GAACCAGCUGGAAACAACGAAACAUGGAUGCCAACUACAUGUAAUCUUCCUCCGGAAGUCGGCCCUUGCAAAGCUGCCAUACCAAGAUAUUACUAUAACCCAUCUGCAAAUAAGUGCCUUCAAUUUAAAUAUGGUGGCUGCGGAGGCAAUAGUAAUAAUUUUGGCAGCGUGAAAGCAUGCAAACUAGAAUGCGGCAGGAAGCAAGGAAGCAAGCCCGCCGGAAACAACGAAACAUGGAUGCCACGUGAAUGUAGGCUGCCUCCCGAAGUCGGCCCUUGCAAAGCUGCCAUACCAAGAUUUUACUAUAACGCAUCUGCCCAUGAGUGCCUUCAAUUUAAAUAUGGCGGCUGCAAAGGCAAUGGUAAUAAUUUUGACACCGUGAAAGCAUGCCAACAAGAAUGCGCAAGGAAGCAAGGAAGCAAACCAGCUGGAAAGAACGAAACAUGGAUGCCAAGUGAAUGUUACCUGCCUCCCGCAGUCGGCCCUUGCAAAGCUGCCAUACCAAGAUAUUACUAUAACGCAUCUGCACAUAAGUGCCUUGAAUUUAGGUAUGGUGGCUGCAAAGGCAACAGUAAUAAUUUCGACAGCCUACAAGCAUGCGAACAAGGAUGCGCAAGGAAGCAAGGAAGCACACCGGCUGGAAAUAAGGAAACAUGGUUGCCAAGUGAAUGUCACCUGCCUCCCGAAGUCGGCCCUUGCAAAGCUGCCAUACCAAAAUAUUACUAUAACGUAUCCACACAUGCGUGCCUUGAAUUUAUAUAUGGCGGCUGCGGAGGCAAUAGUAAUAAUUUUGACAGCAUGCAAGCAUGCGAACAAGGAUGCGCAAGAAAGAUAAGUAAACCUGCGGCAAACAGAGAAUCAUGGAAGCCAGUUGCUUGCAACAUGGCUCCAGAAACCGGCGUCUGUAAAGCUUCUAUACCAAGAUAUUACUAUAACGAGACUGCAAAACGAUGCCUUGAAUUUAUAUAUGGGGGUUGCGGAGGCAAUGGCAAUAAUUUCUACACCGUUCACGAAUGCGAGCGACAAUGCGGCAGCCGAUAUAAGAAAGCAAAAGACCCAUGCCUAGCGCGGCUACAAAUAGGCAAAACCUGCAGGAAAAAAGCAGCCGCUAUUAUGUGGUAUUUCGACGCGAGCGAUAAAAGGUGCAAGAAAUCAAAAUUUGAAUAUUGUGGAGCAAAUUCAAACCGCUUUCAAACCUGUUCACAAUGCACAGAAACGUGCCGUGCGCAUAUGACAGUUCUGCAAGAAUGUGAGGCUGAAAAACUGCCGAAGUAAUUCUUCAAAUAUGUUCUGAUGGUUGCACGUACCGCACUAAGGUUGUUGAAUUGUUUGAGAAAGAAAGAAGACUCAAAGCUUUUGAAGCACGGGAAACAAUAAAGACUAUACCAACAUG